CUCAUACACACAGAAAGAAUAACGCCUUCGCCUGGUUACGACCAGGAUGGGUGUAUUUCGCUUAUUAUGAUGUUCUUCAUCUCGUGCCUCGACCAUCUCACUGUCGUCGCUGACCGUGUCGAAGUCAACCGUGUAUGCGAGCCUGAGGUGUUUUUGACGACGUGUAUUCGCGGAAACAUAUUUGAGGCUCUGUUGGGAGUUCUGAUAAACAAGGGAGACGUCAUUAAAGGAUUACCAUACUUGGUAUGCCACUUACUUAACUACCUCCCUAUCCUCGUCGAAGCGGCCCCUUCGGUCCUGCACCUACUUCGCCCUCGAUUCCCACAAAACCUCCUCCUACGAACCUGUCUCGUCCUGGCCUUCGAUCCAUCCCCGCUCCUGCAAGAGUGGGCGCUGGAUAACACUAGCAAUGUGUUUGCGACCUGCGAGAUCCGUCGAGGGUGGAUCUCUGUUAACGCUCUGAACGAACUGGCUCGCAUGGAUCGUCAGUGCGCGAGAGCUGGGUGUAAGAAGCGAAGGAGGGUGAGGUGUAAGGCGUGUCGGACGGCGGAAUAUUGUGGGUAUGAGUGUCAGGUGAAGGACUGGCAAGAUCACAGGGCGAUAUGCGGCUUCAGAGAAGCGCCUGGGAUGGUACGAGAGCUUUACCCACCGGAAUGCAGCGAACCAGAAAAUCUGGUGAGACCGGAGAGGAUGCCUUUUCGCUUCGAUAUGUUAGACGAUUGAU